UUUUUUAAAUCCGAGAUUCGAGUCAAAAAGAAAAUAUAUACUUCACUUUCUAUAAAUUAAAUCGAAAGUUGUUUCUCUAAAGUAUUUAAACAAUUCUUUCUCGUUACAGAUAUUUACAAAAAUAUUCAAUUAUCGUGUAAUCUAACGCUAUCUUUACUUUUACUAAAUAUCGUCUUGCAAAGAAUUACGAAAAAAUUUCCAUUCAAUCCUAUCAGUUGCUAUCAGUUGCAUCAUUUUCUCUAACUAUUCCACAUCACUAAAGUAAAAACCCCUCCUCAAAAAUACAGGUAUUUAUAAAAAUAUUCAAUUAUCGUGUAAUCUAACGCUAUCUUUAUUUCUACUAAGUAUCGUCUUACAAAGAAUUACGAAAAAAUUUCCAUUCAAUCCUAUCAAUUGCUAUUAAUUGCAUCAUUUUGUCUAAUUAUUCCACUACUAAAGUGUAAAAAACUCCUCUUCAAAAAUACUUCUAUUAAGUACCGUCUUGCAAAGAAUUACGGAAAAAUUUCCAUUCAAUCCUAUCCUAUCUUAGUUACAAUCAGUAUAUAUAUAUAUGUAUCAUUUUGUCUAUUCCAUUGUCUAACAACUAAAGUAAAAACCUCUCCUCAAAGUACUCAACACAAAAUAAUUUUCUUCGUCAACGAUAUUUAUAAAAGUAUUCGAUUAAUGCGACUCUGUAACACUCCCAUUGAAUAAGUGUUAGAAAGCCGAAUUCACGAAAAGUUUCUGUUCAAUCCUAUGGAACUUAUGACAAUUCUUGAGUAGCGAGGAAGGGAGGAGGGGAGAGAGUGGGGGAAGCGAACGACAAUUUGCCAGUAGAGAGAACUACUGGCGAAGCAAGUAAACAGUGUGCAACAGUGUUGACGCGAGUGGCUCGAUAAAUAGCGAAACGCAGGCAUCGGUGUCCCAUUUGCGGGGAAGCGAGCCGUUCUCACGCGCGUUUUUCCAUUGCGCAACGGUCAUAAAGGCAAUUACAAGGCCUCUCGCGAUAUACACGCUCACGAUCGUCAAGAGGGGCUGAAGAGCAAGAAGGUCAGGAUGCUGAGCAGCUUGGCAAACUACUUACUCGGAGGUAAUAUCUCCGGCGCGCAAGAUUCACGGGAAAGGUCCAAUAACGAAAGCCCGGAGUCCCUUCCAGUAAUAGCGAGGCUCAGUCAGGUGGAGGUUGAGGGCGAAGACUGGAUCCUCAUUGACCGUGCUGUUGAGGGCGCGACGGCGCUGGAGGAGUCGUGGUAUGUAACGCCACCCGCAUGUUUCACACGGGCGGGCCCCGUGAACGUAGAAACAUCACCGCUAGAGGACCUGCUGAUAGAGCAUCCCAGUAUGUCCGUGUACCGAGCCACAGCGUCUCCGGUCGCCCCCGAAACCCCACCGCCCACGCCUGACGCGUCGGAAGACGUCGUCGAGGAGGACGUUCUGCCCGACCUGGUCUCCAGCGCCCCGGACACGGCAGCCGCAGCUUCGCCGGAACGUAGCCCCAGGAGAAGCGAGGACGAGCGACAAGCAACCCGUAGAAGACCAGCCAUCCACGACGGAAGACCUGCCGUUGAUCGCGCCCGAACCGAGAAGAGGAUAGCCCAGCUUCGUUCGGCCUCGCAGAAAGUUUUCGAGAAGAGGUCUACCCAAGCGUUGAAGAGAGGCCGUCUGGAGAGGAGUAACAAACUGAGGGAGGUGUUCAGUGUAAAAGGCAAGCGGCCACGCCGCCAGGACCGCUUGCGUAUCCAGAACAGUGGCGCAAACAACAACCGGAAAUGCUAGUCAUUCGAUCUCAGACCAAGGUGUACUCAAAUACUUUCUUCCUGAAAAAAAAAACGCGAUUUCUGGCGUUUUUGACUCAUUGAGCUCAGGCGACUGAGAUUUAAGUGUUCAUCAAUUACUUUCAGCCUACAUUCGCAUAUAUCAAUUAUGCCUAAUGUAUAAACUGAACGAUAAACAAAAAGGCGAAUUAGAUAGCAAGAGGAAAGGUCAAGUCGAUAAAAAAGAAUAUAUGAAUGAACAAAGCAUACAAAUAUUAAUUCAAAAAAGAAAGGAAAGAAAGAAAGAAAGAAAGAAGAAAAAAUAAAUCACGUGGAGACGCCAUAGAGAUCUGUUCUUAUAUGCGUACUCCCUUAUCGUGUUUUAUAUAUUGCUUCUAUAUUGCUUCUUCGCAUACAAAAUGCUCUCGAGAAUUGUUUUUCUCCAGAUAUUAUACGAAGAAAGCGAACAAUAGAGUGAAACGAGAAAAAGAAAUAAAAAAAGCAAUUCGUCUCUCCAACAACUCGAUACGAACUUGAUGUCUUCUGCUAAUCGAGAAGAAACGUCGUCUGAAGAAGGAAAAUGAGGGGGGCGGAGAAAAAAAAGAAAAAAGAAAAAAAAUAUAUGUAAAAAAGGAAGAAAGUAUUUGAAACGUAGCCGAUUGGUCCACGGUGAGAGUCUCGUUGUAGAAUAUCUCGUGUAUAAUGACGCGUGUAUGAUACUCGGUUGGAUCGUGUGUAUACUUUUUAGCCUCUAUUUAGUUAUGGGCAAAUGUGUUUUUACUCGUAUGUUUAACGUUUAGUUUCUAUUUAAGUUGUUUACAACCUGUCACUGAUGCGCCUGUGUAGCAGACAGGAUUUAUUAACAUGUAAUUUUUAGCGUAAUAACCCACCCACUGAUGACUACUCCCCCUUCCGUUCUUUCUUCCCUUUCGAAAAUCGUGCGAACGAGCCGCCAUUUUUUUUCUUUUACGGACCGGUCCACGUUCAAUUUGCGGCGACAGUCGGUUUCGAAUGCUGAUGAAAUGCCAGAAACACACAUUUUCGGGACCACGCUUUCUUUUUUUUUUUUUUUUUUUUAUAGGUUAUGAUUAGUUCACGCUGGACACUUUCAACCCAGUAGACGACCCAUUUAAAAAAAAAAAGAAAAAAGAUAAAAUUACACAACAGACGACGAGAUGGACGAACCACUAGCGUUAAUAGGUCACGUACGAGCUCUCUGAGUGGCUCUGAAGACAGCUGAUAGUCGUAGAACGUCCAUUGGCAGCGUUACUGUGCUCGUCUCAUGGUGUCCUUCCGUCUGAACUCGAAUAUCACCGAACCAUUAAGCAAUAAAAAAAAUGCUAUCAAUCGGACACUGUUCGGAAAAUGCCUAUCGAUGGACGUUCGCAACAAUAACUGUAUUUAUUUAGCGGCACACAUGGUAUGGUACUAUCAACUGAAUAAUAUCGAUCAAACUUAUUAAACGUAACGUUUUAGAUGACGAAACAAACGAUGAAAAAAGGGGAAAAAAACGUGUCUUGUAUGAACGAAGCGAUUGAAAGCGAAAAACAACGGACAACGGUUCUUCUCUCCUCCUCGAUUCGUUUCGACGAAAAUCGUUCGACUUAUGUCGCGUUAAGUGUAUAAGAUAAGAAUCCACGAAGAUGAACGAAUCGAUCGAUAGAGAGAGAGAGAGAGAGAAAGAGAGAGAAAGAAAGAAAGAGAGAUAGAGGCAGAGCUGCAACUAAGAUUCCAGCUGCAGAAUCAAUUUCCACACACAUAUAUAUAUAUAGAGUUGAUGCGCGUUAUAGCGCAUCGACAUUUCAAAGUAUUCGCUUCUCGUGGAUGAAUGAAAACAAAAAAAAAAAAAAAGAAGAAAAACAAAAAAAAAAAAAGAAGAUGAAAAGAAGAAGAAGAAGAAAAAAAAAGAAACAAAAACAUAGUGCAAGCUGCCCUGGCCAAAUCGAGGCGGGGGAAUUUUUUUCAUUCACACACUCGAUUGGUCGUCCACUCGAGCCUCAAUUGUUGAAGAUACUUGUACCUGGAUGACUGAUAAUAUAGGAAGAAAUUUUUAAAUCGACAGUUUUCGAACUCCUCAGACUGCUCAGGGUAGACUGUUGACCUAGAAAAAAGAAAAAAGAAAAAAAAAAAAGAAGAAAAAAGAAGGAAAGAAAGAAUAUCCAAUUUCCGUUUUUAACAUGGAAGCAGAUUCAAACAUGGGGACAGAGUAACAGUCUGCAUCUUCUAUGGUCGGCUAUAUCACGUUGACGAGAUUGAACCAGAGUUCACGUACAAGUGUCCUUAAGGCCGGUUAGGUGGAGCAGCUCGAGAAGAGAUUCGGGUGUCGCCCGAAUUGGACACUAUAUAUAAAUUCAGAGCCGCGUCUUUGUGGACGUACAGCAAGCGUGUUCGUGAGGUAUUGGCGCGAAAUUGUGCGAUACCGUUCCCUUAUCGUGAUAAUUAAUUAUAAACCCACCCCCUCAGAUGAUUUCUUCUAUGAAGAAACAGGCGACACCUGCGUUCAACCCGCCAGCAAUUCGUUUUGGAUGAAGGAAUAAAUUCAGAAAUCGUUGCUAGCCACUCUAGGUCAGGAUAUAUCCACUGCCUGGAAUAGUUUCUUCGAGAGCUGCUUCACCUAGGUCCCUGAAGCUGGAUAUCGUCCAACAAAACUAGUAGCAAUAGAACUCGUCCAAUCAAACUAUUGGAUGAUAGUUGACAGACAGCUGUGAUUCAAACUGAAUUCGACUUCGGACGACCCUCUCCUCCGCAAGGAGAAUAGCUAAAUCGUGUUUCAAGCAGGAAACUUUUCUCCUCUGUGGUCCUAAAUUCGGGGAAUUUUUCUAUUUAAAAAAAAAAAAAAAUGAAGAAGAAGAAGGAGAAAGAGAAAAGAAGAUAUUCAGAAAAAAAGUUAAAAAAAGGAAAAAAACAAGAAAAAGAAAAAAAAGAAAAAAAAAAUUUGGAAGGAAUUUCGGUUAUUCUCGAUCCUUCCCUCCGAGAUUCUCGUCCUGUUAGCUAACUCUCGAUAGUACUUAAUACGCAAUCCCAACGUGAUCUGGAAUAACCUAGGUUCCAUCUUUCCAACAUCUUCGUUCAACCAACUUUUUGGCAUUUCGAGGAAAACGAAAUUGAUCGCGAGGACCGCAAAGGAAGCAAACUCGUUGAAAUCAGUCCGGUUUUAAAUAAUAGCGAUUCUGUAAAUAAAGAAAAAAAAAAUAUAUAAAAGAAAAAAACGAGUGUUGUAAAUGAUUAAAAGAGUAAAAAAAAAAAAAAAAAAGAAAAGAAAAAGAAAAAAAAAAGAGCUACGUUCCCGUCGGAUUGCGUUGCAAAGCUGCAUAAGUAGUCCGAACAUACUUAUAGAGUUCGAAGAAAUGAGAGAUUGAGAGAAGGCGUGUAUUUGGCUUAGGGACGUUGUUCACAGAGACAUUCUGUCCGUGUAUGAAAAUUUGUGGAUCUUUUCUUCCCCUCCGUUCCCGUGUUGUAUAUUAGCUCAUAAGAUAUAGGAAAUGAAAAUGAAUUUUUAUUGGUGACUAGAGAUCACGAUUCCACGCAAUUGACCGAUCGUUAAUCGUCGUAUUACACGUAUACAACACUUUACAGAUUUUUAUGCGUUAUUCGCAAUAUAUUUUAUACACGGAUAAAUGUUUCUGCGGUCAAUUUUUCUAAGUAUGGAUGUCUCUGCACACGUCUUGAGGGGUGUUCCUUGCUCUCGUAAAGCGCGUAAGGUUAAUUCAUGUACACGUAUUGUAUAACGUCUACCUUUCUCUCGUAAGGAGCAGUGUUCAUCCUGAACCUAUUAUUGCUGUGUAAUAAUUAUAUUAGAGAAGAAAAAAAAGAAAAGAAAAUGAAAAAAAAAAAAAAUAAAUAAAUAAAACAAAGAAUAUAAAGAAGGAUAAUACGAGGAUAAAUGAUGAUUGAAUAAUGCGGCGAAUCGAGUUGAUACAUUUAUGAUCCGGACACCUUUUGUUGCGUAUUUGUUUGAAUCUUUCGUUGUAAAAUGAUUGACUUGUAUUAUUUGAAUGUAUGCUCGUACACCUUGACUCUAUAACUGAUGAUUAAUAAAAUAUUUUAUGUCACUAA